UUGUCCGGUCCGCGACUCAGCUGGCCCUUGCUGAAGACUACAAGUUCCGUGAGCCCCCGCGGCGGCACUUCCUACCCCUCACUGUCCGGCCCGCUCCCGCUCCCCCUCCCGGGGGCGAAGGCUCUGGCUGCAGCCAGACGGACGGCGGGCCAGGUAGGAUUUCCGGGGGAAACUACUGUGGAGGCUUGAGGAGGCGGCGGCCGCCACCCGGAAACUAUAUCCCACCUCCCAAAACUGGUUAAUAGUGUGGCAUGGAAGAUCCAUUUGCAAUGAAUGGGCCUUCCUAUUGCUCCACAUCCUCACCAUCAUUUGAUAUUAUCAUCGUUUUGGAUUUUGGUCAUUCUAAUAGACUUCUCCAGAGAACCCUGGGACAAAGAAGCAAGCCAGCCCACCGCAGACCCAGGCAUGGUCAUGGACAGUGUGGAAGCAGGAGACACGACGCCGCCCACCAAAAGGAAGAGCAAGUUCUCAGGCUUUGGCAAGAUCUUCAAGCCCUGGAAAUGGCGGAAAAAAAAAAGUAGUGAUAAAUUCAAAGAGACAUCAGAAGUUUUAGAGCGAAAAAUAUCUAUGCGAAAACCGAGAGAGGAGCUGGUCAAAAGAGGGGUUCUAUUGGAAGACUUUGACCAGGGUAGUGAGGAUCCGGGGAAGUUGAGCCAUGCCGUGUUAAAAAAUGGCCACACCACUCCCAUAGGGAGUACCAGCUCUUCUAGUCCAGACCAAGCAGAAGAAGAGUCAGGAAGAAGAGCAAGUCUUAGGAAGCCUGUGCCCGAAGAGGACCCAAAGAAGCGUUCAGGCUCAACUGGAAGCCAGCCUAAUUCCGAAGCAGAGUCCGUUCCUGAGAAUGCACCCAAGCAGCCUUUACUUCCCCCUAAAAGACCCUUGUCCUCUUCUCAUGAAGCAAACGAAGGGCAAGCAAAGGAUGCCGCUUCCUCCGGCAGCACGGCCAGGCCUGUCUCCUCCGCCCCCACUGCCGCCCCCACCGCAGCACCUGCUGCCACCACUGCUGCCGUGAACCCAGCAAAAACUGUCAGUUCCUCCGUGCCCCCCUCCCCAGUACCCAGGACUCUGCCCGCGGCUCCUGCCAGCACUAACACCACCGCCACCCCGAGCCUCACUCACGUGGUCCCUGCCAAGCAGCCCCCUGUCCCUCCCCCUAAACCAGCUCACAGAAAUAGCAACCCUGUCAUUGCUGAACUGUCCCAGGCAAUAAACAGCGGUACAUUGUUAUCGAAACCAUCCCCACCCUUACCGCCUAAGAGAGGCAUUCCAUCAAGCUUGGUUCCCACCUCAGAGUCUGCCGCUGCCGCCAACACAAAAGCACCAAGUGAUCAGAGAGAAAGGAACACAUGCUCAGUGGGCUCUGAACCACUGCUGAUGAUUCCGCCUCCCUCUCCGUCCCCCCCACUGCCUACUCAUAGACCUCCCGAACCCCCACGGUCCCCUCCAUUCCUUGCUAAGACUUUUCAAGUUGUGCCAGAAAAUGAGUUUCCAGCUUCCUUAAACCUGCCCCAGGAGGUAUCCCAGCAGGAAGAUCAGAAAAAGGAAGUACCCAAGAGGAUGUUGGACCACAGCUUUGGGGAGCCCCAUGUACCCUGUAGGCUGCCUCCCCUUCCACUGCAUAUCCGAAUCCAGCAGGCCCUGACGAGCCCACUUCCCAUGACCCCUCCCUUGGAGGGCUCUCAUAGAGCUCACUCCUUGCUCUUUGAGUACAGUGAUGGCUUUUCUGAGGACAGCGGUACCCUGGGUCGGACCAGGUCACUUCCCAUCACUAUUGAGAUGCUGAAAGUUCCAGACGAUGAAGAAGAAGAGGAGCAGAACCACCCGUGUGCAUUCACUGAAGAUGUGCCUUCUGCCUCGCUUGUUCCUAAACUACCACAGUGUCUGCAGGAGGAAGAGGAAGAGAAGGAGAGCGACUCUGAUUCAGAAGGUCCUAUUCAAUACCGAGAUGAAGAGGAUGAAGAUGAGAGCCAUCAUAGUGCUCUGGCCAACAAAGUGAAGAGGAAGGACACACUGGCAAUGAAGUUGAACCACAGACCCAGUGAACCAGAGUUGAACAUGAAUUCUUGGCCUCGGAAAAGCAAAGAGGAGUGGAAUGAAAUACGGCACCAGAUUGGGAACACACUGAUCCGACGACUGAGUCAGAGACCGACACCGGAAGAACUAGAGCAGCGAAAUAUACUACAACCUAAAAAUGAAGCUGAUCGGCAAGCAGAAAAACGAGAGAUUAAACGUCGGCUCACUAGAAAGCUCAGUCAAAGGCCGACUGUGGCUGAACUACUCGCCAGGAAGAUUCUGAGGUUCAAUGAGUAUGUGGAGGUAACAGAUGCUCAGGAUUAUGACCGGCGAGCUGACAAACCUUGGACCAAACUGACCCCUGCUGACAAGGCUGCCAUAAGAAAAGAAUUAAAUGAAUUUAAAAGCUCAGAGAUGGAAGUUCAUGAAGAGAGCAAACAUUUUACACGCUACCAUCGUCCGUGAUGCUGAAGUCCGAGAGAGGAACUAAACAACCCCCCAGCACAGGGCUGCUUGGCUGCUUCAGUCUCCAGAGUGAUGUGGAAGGAAUUUCUGCACAGCCAGGAUUGAGUCCUCUGGGAUGUAGUUCUGGGGCGAACGGCACUUCUAUGAAUGUAGCAUUUCACUGGAAUGGGUGGUCCUGUGCUGCUCUGGACAAAACUGAACACGUGUUCAGUGCUUUUGAACCUUGUAAUAUUGCAGCAUACUCGUGGGGUCUUCCUCACCAGCCACCCGUGCUCUGGGCCACACCCUCACCCCAAGAUGACAGCCUGUACUGGGGUACGGUUUGCACCAUUAGCCUUACCUGCUCUGUUCUGGUUGUGAGAUCCCCUUGUGUAGGCACCAAAUUCCAGCUGUCAAAUCCAGCUGGUAGUGGGAAGAACCUUCUGGAGGCUCCCAGCCUUCUGGCAAAGGGGCCCCCACCUCCAGGGCACGCCUCCCCACCACAUGGGCACAUCAGUUGAAAGCACCGCACUAUACCUCUCUUAACACAGCAAUAUAGCCCUCCUCAGGCAUUCCAGCCCCAGAGAAGCUCAGGAUCUGACAUGUUCUUCCUUUUUGGCACAAGUCAUCUUGAUUUUUAUUUUUAAAAUUAAAAAAAAAAAAUCUUGAAGAAGUGCUGGGAACAUAUGUUUUUCCUGUCUAUUAAACCAUCGGAGCUACAACUAGAUUCCAGGUUAGGAAAAUGAGAAGGCAUCUAUGUUUUCUAUAUACAAAAACAAAACCAAAAAAGGCCUUUAUUGUUAAUGCCAACUUGGCAGAAGACUAACUCACGGCUUAAAUUUUAUAAGCUGCUGUACUUUUGCCAUACCAAAUGAUAUUCUAAAUCGUUCUGACUGAUAGAUGUAUUCUCCUCCACAAAACAGAGUUGUGGCAACUCUGUGGGAGCAGCCGUCCGCCUUGGGUCCCCAAGCUUCCAGCCAGAAUCACUGCAAGGUGUGGGGACACGGGGUGCUGGACCGGAAGAGGUCUCUGGAGGAAGAAGUAGGAGGGGCACAAUCAUGACCCGCUCCUCCUCCCUUCUCCUCGGUGCUGUUGGCCCUCUCCUGCUGUGCUCUCCCCCUUCCCUUCUGACCCUACCCUCUCUGGCAGCUUCCAUCUCACAUAACCCUCCUCUGCCAAGCAGUCGCCAGUAUCUUCGGUGCCUGGGCCUUAGCUCUUUUUGUAUUUGUCAUGUAUAUUAAUACGAUUUCCUAAAACAGAAAAUUUGUUUGCUUUCUUUGAGUUUUUAUUUUGAAAACCAUACAGCCUCACCGUUCCCUUCUAAUACCUGUCCAUACUAAGUGGAAGAAAAAAGGUAGUUCCUAUUUAACUGAUGAAUGUAGCUUUUUUUUCCCCUUGCUUUAAUGUUCAGAAAAUUGUGACUCCUUCAUAGAUUUCUUCUGCAGUCCCUGUUCUGUUGCAGCUGGUCAGUUAGAUGUUCCUCGUUUUCUGCUUUUUUGUCCCUGUAAUAUUUGCUGAAAAAUCAGAAUAUCAGGUCAAAACAAAAGAGGUGAGGUGACCAUAAAAGGUAGUAUUUUCUCUCUAUAUGGGGAAUAGAGACAGAUUUGGAUUUUUCAGUUACUGUCAAGUGCUUUGUGGCUGUGGAACUGUGGUGGGUCCCCAGCUCCUGGAAGCUCAUGACCUUUGUGUGACUGCAGGAAAAGUGACACUUCUACACAGCUGUGAGAGGUCUGUAUUUAAGGUGGCCACACACAUGACUUCUCCUGUCUGUUGGUUUGGAGACUGUUUGGCUUAUGCCAGCAUUCUCUGUGACUUGAGGUGACAUUUUCAAACCCUUCUUCCGCUGCCUGGCUUUCCCUUAAUGUGCCAAGUUUGAAACCAGAUUUGAUUUUCUGAGCUACUUGUCUGCUUUCUAUGUGUCGCCAAGGACUCUAGUUUGUUUUUCAUCUCAUCAUGUUCUUUUGAAACCAGAUGCUUUGGGGGUCAGGUCUUUUCAGGUGUUUUUAUAUAUAUACAUAUAUAUAUUAUAUAUAUAUAAUGGAUUUUGUGUUCCCUUUUUGUGUAAGUAACAAUUCACAAUCAUAAUGUAAAAAAGAAAUAAAAGUCUGAUGUAUUGUACUUCAAGAUGCUUCCCUGAUGUACAGAAUCUCCUUGUAAAGUAAAUAAUUGCGUUGUAUAUCAGUCUUCCUAUCGAUAUUAAUUAUAAAGUAUUUUAGAAUUAAAAAGCCAAACUAUA